GUACUUGAAUAUAUUUAAAUUUGGAGAUGCCACCAGGAUGAGGCAAGCGCAUAGGCCGCUACUAUAAAUGCCGUUAGUUUGGUACUAAGGGUACAGUUCACAGCUCUAAGCAUCCCUGAACACACCACAACAACAAACCUCAGAAAUGGCAUUCAAGUUGGUAGUUCUCUCUUGCAUCCUGGCCCUCGCUCACGGUAGCGGGGUGCCCGCGGCCAUCGCCGCUGCUCCCGUGGCCUAUGCUGCCCCCGUGGCUGCUGCCAGGCUGGAGGAGUUCGACCCUCUCCCGCAGUACAACUUCGGAUACAACGUGGCUGACUCUCUCACCGGUGAUUACAAGAGCCAGACCGAGCAGCGCAACGGAGACCUGGUGCAGGGCCAAUACUCUCUGGUGGACUCUGACGGCACUCGCCGAGUGGUCGACUACACCGCGGACUCAGUGAACGGUUUCAACGCGGUGGUGCGCAAAGAGCCCCUUGUUGCUGCCGCACCUGCUGUCGUUGCUGAGCCCGCUGUGGUGGCUGCACGCUACGCCGCCGCACCUGUAGCUGCUCCCGUGGCUGCACCCGUAGCUGUUGCUCGCUAUGCCGCCGCUCCCGUUGCUGCCCCCGUCGUAGCUGCUCGCUACGCUGCUGCCCCAGUAGCCGCUCCCGUCGUAGCCGCCCGCUACGCUGCCGCCCCCGUAGCCGCUCCAGUUGUAGCUGCCCGCUACGCUGCUGCUCCUGUAGCCGCCCCAGUCGUAGCCGCUCGCUACGCUGCCGCCCCUGUAGCCGCUCCCGUCGUAGCCGCCCGCUACGCGGCCGCUGCCCCAGUCGCUGCUCCCGUGGUAGCUGCCCGCUACGCCGCCGCCCCAGUAGCUGCUGCCUACAGAGCUGCCUACCCCGCUCCAGUGGCUGCCGCCUACACUGCCUACUCCGCUCCAGUGGCUGCUGCGUACACAGCUAUUGUAGUAUUCAUCUGCUUGGUAGGCGUGGCGAGCGCGAGUCUCAUUGCUCCCGCUGUCCCCGUGGUCCGCGCGGAUCCUCUACCCCAAUACUCCUACGGGUACGACGUGCAGGACGCACUCACUGGUGACUACAAGGGUCAUCAGGAGCACAGGAACGGAGACCUCGUCAGUGGAUCAUACACCGUCGUGGAUCCCGACGGCACAAGGAGGAUUGUCGACUACACUGCUGAUCCUCUUAACGGCUUUAACGCGGUUGUGCGCCGCGAGCCCCUAGUCGUCGCAGCUCCUGCCAGGGUUGUCGCUCCAGCCCCAGUCGUCGCACCGGCCCCCAUCCUCGCCCGAGCACCCGCCCCUCUACCACUACCUAAAAUGGCAUUCAAGUUUGUCGUCCUGUCUUGUUUGGUGGCUGUGGCGAGCGCUGGGCUCCUGCCAGCCGCUCAGGUGUCCUACUCGGCUCCCCUUGCCUACUCCAGCCACGCUGUGCAAGCCGCUCCUGCGUACUACGCUGCCGCUCCCGUGGCCAAAAUUGCUGCUCCCGUGGCAUACGCUGCCCCCGUCGCCAAGGUCGAGGCCUACGACACCAACCCCCAGUACAGCUUCUCCUACGACGUACAGGACGGACACACCGGCGACUCCAAGAGCCAGCACGAAACUCGUGAUGGUGAUGUUGUGCACGGCUCCUACUCCGUGGUAGACCCUGACGGUACCAAGCGCACCGUUGAGUACACUGCUGAUCCCCACAACGGUUUCAACGCUGUUGUACACAAGGAAGCCCUCGCACACGUCGCCAAGGUUGUUGCUCCCGUUGCUAAAGUGGUUGCCCCCGUUGCCAAAGUGGUCGCCCCCGUGGCAUACCACUCAGCCCCAGUGGCGUACGCUGCUCCUGUCGCCAAAUACGCUGCCCCUAUUGCGUACCAGUCCGCCCCUGUAGUGCACGCUGCUCCAGUGGCUUACUCAUCAGCCCCUUACUACCACCACUAACUGAUUAUUAUAAGACAAGCUUUAAUGCCAUACUUAAUGUAAAUAAAUAUUUAUUGUACAGAUA